ACCCCUCAUGCCUCGGGUUCAAGAAAUUCACCAGGUUCUCAAGUAGCCAGUAAUCCGAGACAAGCAGCCUAUGAAAUGAGGAUGCAGAAUAAUUCUAGUCCUUCAGUAUCUCCUAAUACGAGUUUCACUUCUGAUGGCUCCCCGUCUCCGAUAGGAGGAAUUAAGCGAAAAGCAGAAGACAGUGACAGUGAACCUGAACCAGAGGAUAACGUCAGGCUUUGGGAAGCUGGUUGGAAGCAGCGGUACUACAAGAACAAAUUUGAUGUUGAUGCAGCUGAUGACAAAUUCCGUCGUAAAGUUGUACAGUCGUACGUUGAAGGGCUCUGCUGGGUUCUUCGAUAUUAUUACCAGGGCUGUGCUUCCUGGAAGUGGUAUUAUCCAUUUCAUUAUGCACCAUUUGCUUCAGACUUUGAAGGUGUUGCAGACAUGCCUUCUGAUUUUGAGAAGGUUUAA